AUGAAGUUGUAAUUUCAUUAUAGCUAAAUUGAUCAGCGUUUAUCAGAUUGCCCCGGAGAAUACUGUGCGUGAUUAUCGACACUGUGAGUAGGUUUGUGUUUGAUUUUCAGAGCUCAUAUAUCUGCUGCAUGGCAGGAUGCUUGCUUUUCAUUCUAAUCAGAUAUGAGGCUCGGACGAAAGGACCUAUCUUGAUGGAAAAAAGGAAGCUGUCAGGCACAAUGAAAAAAGUUGGACUUAUUGGAGUGCUUCUGUUGCAUCAGGCAAAAUCGUCAUCAGGGUGUCACCCUCAUGUUAAUCUAGUGAAAGAGGAGGAAAAGUGCAUGACAGAUCUUUUCAAGUCACCCCAAGCAACAGAAAAUAAUAUCAGUGUACACUGUGAGGGAAUGUGGGAUGACCUGAACUGCUGGCCGCCUGCUUCUCUUGGAGAAACCAUCUCUCAGCCAUGUCCAGAGUUUUUCAAUUCAGAGGGUAAAGUGCAUCGUAACUGCACCGUCAGUGGUUGGACAGAUCCGCUUGUCCCACAUGAAGAUGCAUGCGGCUACACUUUCAAUGAGACACUCCACUUCCUGGGAGAGUCACCAGAUUCCCAUUUGUACUUCUCCUACGUAAAGACCAUGUACACAGCCGGGUACACGCUCUCUCUCAUCUCCCUCUCCAUCGCCGUCACCAUUUUCUGUCUGUUUAGAAAGCUGCACUGUACCAGGAACCACAUCCACAUCCAGCUGUUUCUCUCCUUCAUCCUGAGAGCCAUCUUCAUCUUCAUCAGAGACUCUCUGCUCUUCACCAACGAAGACCUCUACCACUGUGACUACUACCCGGCGGCAUGUAAGGUUGUGCUGAUGUUUUCCAACUACUCCAUCCUGGCAAACUACAGCUGGCUGCUGUCGGAGGGUCACUUCCUCUUCACCCUGGUGAGCCGCUCCUUCUUCUCCCUGAGGAAACACCUCACCUGGUACAUCGUCCUGAGCUGGGGUUUACCUCUGAUUGUCAUUGUCUCCUGGGGAUGUGCCAAAUACUUUUACGAAGACGAAGGCUGUUGGGAAACCAGAAGACAUGAAUGGAUUUGGUGGAUACUUCGAGUGCCGGUUCUCCUGACUAUAUCUAUGAAUCUCAUCUUUUUCUUGGGUAUUUUGAGGAUACUGGUGAAUAAACUGAGAAUGCCAGAUGCACAGAGGAAUGAAUUCAGCCAGUAUAAGAGGCUGAUCAAAUCCACAUUUUUCCUGGUGGCUCUGUUUGGUCUGCAUUACAUCCUGUUUGUUUUCUUACCUGUUCAAGUCAGCAGCUCAGUGUUUAAGAUAUGGACCUUUGCAGAGCUGGCUCUGUCCUCCACACAGGGUUUUGUGGUCGCUGUGCUCUACUGCUUCAUGAACGGAGAGGUGCAGCAUGAGUUUCAGAGGAGGUGGAGGAGGUGGAGGCUGACUCAGCGCCUCCCCAGUCGGCGCCGGCAGCAUCACGGCUCCAUCAGCCACAGUGGGUCUCCCCACACACAGGUGUCCCUCCUGCCCUGCUCUCCAGGCAGCCCGGCAACCAGCGGCCUCCCUGUGGACACUGUGGAGAUGUGAUUCAACCUGGAACUGGCUUUUUUCUCAUCCUCCUCGCCGAUACAUACAUAAUAGAUCCUGGCUUCAUGCGCAGCCAAACAAUAUACAAUUGCAGCUUGAGUGUUUACUACGGUGGUGCAGUCAAAUGCGGAUUUUUCUAAUCCGUGGAGUGUUUUUAUGUGAAGACGUAAGGCUGUAAAAUGAAAUGCAGCGGCCGAAUUGCCAGGCUUACUUGUUUGUAGUACUUAAACUAAUAUCUGGAAAUCAAUGUGCCAAUUAUUUGUUCAAAUGUCACAGAUACAAGUUAUACUGAACAUUUAAAUGCAGAUUAAAGGUGUACUGCUGUUAUUUAGUACUGCAUCAUUACACUUUGGGAACUUUAGAAGAACAAAGAUUAAAAAAAAUAAUAACAAUAAUGGUCAAAACUGAUGAAGCAGAAGCAGAAUGCAACUCGACAGCAUUGUUUUAUAAACCCUGACAAAUGUCAUGCAUCACAAAUUGGGGGGACUGAGUUUCAAUGGCUGAAUUGUAACGCGGGCUUUCUGUUAAAAAACGAAAUCCUAAGUCUGCUCUGACAACCCUGAUGACAUCAUGAUGACAUCACCUGGGCUGUUUUUAAGGCUUUUCAAAUCUUCACAGCCACAAGAGACAAUGCGUGCGGGUAUACUGACUUUCGUCCGUAAAGUUGGAGAAUUUCUUAUCAGAGUUUUGCAGAAAAAAACAUGCCCAAAACUUGCCGUCCAUCAGACUUGACAAAAGUCCUCCAGAGCCACAGAAGACAUGAUACAACUGAGCUGGACACUUUUGUAAGAGUAAACUGACCUUAAUGUGUACAAUUCUCCUUUAACUAGUUGAAACCUGUAAAAAAAAAAAAAAAAAAAAGGCUUGAUAUCUGACAAAAACAUGGGAAGAAGA